CAUCCCUCUAGCAGGACGCAGGAUGUGGACGCGCGCCCUCUAGCCAUGCUAGCGUGUUCGGGUUCCGUUGUUUUCCCGCCGUAGUGGAACAGUUGCACCAUGUCCGUCAGGAAAAAUCGCUAUGAGGACAUUCCCCUCACCAGUAAAGAGCCGGGGUCCAUCUCCGGGGUGGGUUCCGUGGCGGGCGUCGGUGCGGGUGCGGGGCCGGGGCGGUCGCUGCGGGGCGGCUCGUUGCGGGAGCGGCGCUCGGUGGAGCGGGCCGAGAAGCACCACCAACGCCGCUUCUCCGCCCACAUCGUCGCCAGGCGGGAGUCCACCUUCGAGCGGGCGCCCAUCGACGCCGCCAUCCGCCGCCCCUCCCUCGCCGCCGUCGCCGAGCGCGGCUCCUGGGGCUCCCGAUGGGAGUUCCUCCUCUCCUGCGUCGGCCUCUCCGUCGGCAUCGGCAACGUCUGGCGCUUCCCCUACCUCGCCUACCAGAAUGGCGGCGGGGCUUUUCUUAUUCCGUACCUGAUCAUGCUGGCCCUGGCAGGGAAGCCUAUGUACUUUCUGGAACUUGCGGUGGGGCAGUUUGGCGGUGUUGGCCCUUUGGCACUGUGGAACUGUUGUCCGAUGGCAAAAGGUGUUGGAGUGGCCAUGGUGACAGUAUCUUUAAUCGUGUGCAUUUACUACAACGUUAUAAUGAGCUACACGAUUCACUACAUGAUAGCUUCUUUUAGCUCCGAAGUGCCUUGGAGUAAGUGCGACCCCGCUUGGGCCGACAUGCACUCAUGCUACGUCAGGGGCUCCAAUCAGUCAAUGAGCAACUCAACUUCAUUGAUCUCCAACUCCACAAUUCAGGCCCUGGCUCAGUUGAGCAACUCAACAGCUUCCAACAAGACUCUGGAGCGGGAGACUGCCGGGCUGCAAUAUUGGGAGAGGCAUGUUCUCAAGCUGUCUGACGGCAUCGAGCAUCUAGGCCCCAUCAAGCUCGACCUGGCCCUUUGCCUACUCGGCUCCUGGGUCAUCGUUGUUUUGUGUUUAGUUAAAGGGAUCAAAACCUCCGGAAAAGUCGUCUACUUUGCAGCAACUUUCCCGUACGUGAUAUUGUUUACCCUCCUGGUGACAGGACUUGUUCAAGAAGGCGCAAUGACAGGGGUGAAAUACCUGCUAACGCCAGAGUGGAGCAAACUAUUAGAUAUUCAAGUGUGGCAAGCAGCUGCUGGUCAGAUGUUCUUCUCACUCAGCGUUUCAAUGGGGGGUCUUAUUAUGUAUAGCAGUUAUAAUGACUUUCGAAACAACGUGUACAGGGAUGCGUUAGUGGUGAGUGUGAUGGACACCCUCACGAGCAUGAUCAGUGGAAUCGUGACAUUUUCGAUCCUUGGUGCCAUGGCUCACGAUCUAGACGUGGACAUCAAAUCGGUUGUAAAAGAAGGCCCCGGCCUGGCUUUCGUUGCCUAUCCAGAGGCGUUACUUAGGCUCCCUGUGCCACAGUUAUGGUCCGUCCUAUUCUUCCUUAUGCUCUUCGUUUUAGGACUUGAUAGUGAGUUCGCUCUUCUGGAGAACGUUCUGACAAGUGUUUCCGAUGAGUUCCUGUUUUUGCGGAAUCAUAAAUUGGCUUUCUGUGUGGGCACAGCGGUGUUUUGUUAUCUUGUUGGUCUUUCCUGUGUAACUUACGGUGGCAAUUAUGUGCUAACUCUGAUGGACGUUUAUGGUGGAGGAACUGCCGUGCUCUUCAUAGCCUGUUUCGAAUGUAUCUUUCUUGUUUGGGUUUAUGGUUUAAAUAGGCUAUGCGAGGAUUUAAAGUUUAUGCUUGGAUUCCGGCCAGUACUAUAUUGGAGGGUAACUUGGAGCUUUUUUGCACCGGUUAUUUUAGCUGCAAUUUUCAUUUACUCUCUGGUAGCUCUUAAGCCUUUGAAGUACGAAAACUACGACUACCCAAGCUGGGCAAACAGCCUUGGAUGGUGUUUGGCUGCCUUAUCAAUGCUGCAGAUUCCUAUUUGGGCCGUAGUCAGUAUAAUUAAUCAAGAGGGGCCUUCAUUAAAACAGCGAAUAAAGCAAGCUUUGAAACCAACAGACGACUGGGGACCGUCGGAUUUAGAUCUCAAACAAGACUGGAUCGCUCAACAUGAGAAGAACAAGGAAGCCCGACUCAAGAAGUCUACCAUUCAAAAUGGAGCGGCUUCCAAAGACCCCUCAAGCAAUAACGCACCAAGUGUAUAGUAAUUGUUAUGUUACAAUCAGAUUUAGAUCAGCAAGCUACUGUGAAGUGUACAGUUUUAUUCUUAGAUUCAUAGUAUAAAUGUCCAAGUCUAAGCACUGCAUUUCCCUAUCAGUGGCGAAGCGUGACUGAUCGAUUAUCGAUAUUUCCCCCAUCUGAAACUGUGUAAAGAAUCGAUUGUUAAGGAGUUUGUUGCAAAUACCCUGCUUAUUGAUCCUUUUCCAUAGGUUUAAAUGGCAGAUUAAUCGAUAUAUCGCAAAGCACGCCACGCCACUGUUCCACAUCCACUUUCUGUCUCCGUUUUGAAAGUGAAUGAGUAUCCCUGGUGACAAUGACGCUCAAAACUACUGUGAUAAAAACAUCUUUCAAAUUUUUAGUAAGCCAUAUUAAGCAUUGAAGACACACCUAAUGAUUUAAAUUCUGCAUGCAAUGCAUAGCGUGUGAUACAAAUCGAGGGUGAAACUGCAGCAGAGGCGAUUCUUACAAGUAGCAACACUGUUUUUUCCAUUUCAAUGUAUGUUAAACAAUCGAUUCUAGGUGAGGCAGACUGCCUAACCUACAAUCGAUAUUUUAAAUGGGUUUCAAGGGAGUAUUGAAGGUGUUGCCAACUUACUGGAAUCGCCACUGACCUGCAGGAAUGCGUACCUCUCGUUAGCGGUGUUUAAAAAUCUCCACUCAUAUAUAGUAUUUUAUCAAAAGGAGAAAAACCAACGCCAUUGCUUGAAACUGUCAGAAUAUUCUUCAUCCAGAGAAAGAAAAUCAGGGAGUUUUCGGGGAAUGAAAUCGAAGAUUUUUUCCUUUAAAAAGACAGGAAUUCAGCAACGUCCCAAACCGAGGAACUUGUUCUUGCAGUUUGACCAUCGAAAAUGAGUCCGUCGUCAGUAAGGAAUAAAACCAGAUGAGUAAACUUUCUAAAAAUAAAAUUGUCUAAAAUCAUACCGUAAUGUAUAGAAUUUGCGUGAUUCUUUUAAAGCUUUUUCUUUACUACAGCCCUGAGCGAUUUUUUUUCCUACGCCGAGAGAGAGAAAAGAAAGAAUAAAUUUAAACGCCGUAAGAAAUUUUAAUCUAAAUGAACGAACCAUCGCUCAUAUUGUUGCUCACGAGUAUUUUCAAUAAUUUUUCUGCUAGUGUUUUCUUCUCGAUUUUUGGGGUGGCUAAUAAAAACGCUUUAAAAAUCGAAAUCGUACUCGAGAGAUAUUUGUUGAGGAAAUAAAUUGCAAGGAAUGAAUGCUAGGCGCUCAGAGCUAUGUAAUUUUUUGCCAUACCUACUAUAUCACGACUUAUUUAAUUGCCAACUUUCAUAAAAACUAAUUAUCAAAAACAGUUAUAAGUACAUGCUUUUCAUCUGAAUGUAUAAAGUUUCUCUCUAUCUCUCGCAAGUUUCUCACACGUAGUUUUAAGAGUCACUGUUAUCAAAAGGGGUCUUAAAUAAUUUUUGUUCAGAGCGCAAUUUAGCGUAUUGGCAGCACUUUUUGGGCUUUCAAAUUUGUUGGAUGACACUUUUUUUCCCCAGGCAAGUAUGCAAGCAGGGAAUUUUAAAAACUCUCACAUUAAACCUGAGUGUGAUAUGUUUCAUACAUAAAAAUUCGCAAAUUUUCUCUUGAUAUGUGUCCUAGCUCUGAUAUGCCUGGAAAAUAAAAAGUGAGAUAAAGAGUAAGCUCACUAUUGUAUUGUUUAAUUUUUAAUUUUCAUUACUUUUGUUCAUUUAUUACUUUUGUCUAUUUUUUAUUGUAGAUGCCAAGAUAUUGCGUUAAAUUUAUGAUACAACUUAAGUCAAUGAAGAGCGCUGCCAUUCUAAAAUGGACUCAUUUUACCUUUCCAUAAUACCUCAAAAUUGUGAAUAUUAUAGUACUUUGUUACAUGUAUAUUAUACAUUUUUAUAGUCCCCAAUUACUUAAAUGAAAUUGUUGAAUUUAAAUAAAUUUUGACGCUUGUAAUGGGAUAUUUGAAUCCUACUCUUAAGAACAGUUUGAAAGUGAUACAAAAUUAAACUACGUAUGAGACUUACCUCUGUGCAUGUGUUAGAGGUUUAGCAGGAACAUGAUGAUGAGUUAAAGGGAGGUAAUAAAAAUGAACUAAAACAAUCAAAUGAGAAAAUUGAUUUAUGCAUAAUUGCAAACCACCUGGAGGCAAAAAUUCGUCACGGUGGAAAAAGAAGAGUUAAGAUUAUAAAUAUAUACCAUCAACUUUCACCUGAAGUUGAAUUCUGUCAAUUUUUUUCAAGUGUCAGUGCUUGAACUUCCGAUUUUCAGAUUUUGUAGGACUAUAUACAAAUUAUAUCGAUAUCUAUGUAAGAACUUUAAAGAUACUGAUUGUAGGAUAUUUUGGUUUUUCCCUUAUGUACAUAAAUAAUUUUGGCUUCCUGUGAAUACGACUCUGUUUAUGUAAAAAAACAGCCGAAUUAUUUACAGUUUCUUAGAAAAGUCAUUGUUACAUUAUGGAUUAUUUUUAUACAUGUUUAUUAAUUGUUUACAUAGGUUUUUGUAAAGAACUGUAAGAGGGUAAUCUCUUUUGUUUUCUUCCAACUUGGAAUAUUAAAGGAAUAGUUCUUUAAGUAAAGAACUUAGUAUAUUUUUUCCAGGUGGAAAAUAUAAGAUUGAGAUUCCAACUCAUCUUUUAGUGGGAAUCUCAAGUAAAUUACUUUGUUGGAUUUGCAGAUACGUCAGACAUUAUGUUCAUGGCGUGUCUUUAAGACUUCGUGCUCAAUCUUUGGUGUGAUGCCAGACAUUCUGGUUGCGGAUACUAAAUUAUUAUUUGGACGUAUCUCUGCCAAACAGAACUAUGUGCACUAAGACAUGAGCUCUGAGACUCAUAAGAAAAUAUGUAUAACAGGGCUCACGUCAUAAUUCACCUAGUUUUGUUUGGCAGAAAUACGUCCAUUUCAUCAUCAGUAUAUUUUGAAGAGAAGAAAACUCUUGAGAAGUUCUCCAUACAUACAUUUUUAUUCAUUCAAUACGUGUCAAGAGUCAGUUCGCUGUUAAUUUAAAAAAUCAAUUGUAAGAACGACACACUCACAAUCAACCAUCAAAUUUCUUUAACUUAAUGAAAUCCUUUUUAAAAAUGGAAAAAUGUCGUCCCUCUUUAGAAUACCUUGUCCGGUUUUUUCCUGAUGUUAAGCAAUAUAGCAAAAAUUCCGCUUUCACACCGUUUCCGCGUGCUCCUGAUUGACACUCCAUGUGAUCCUGCCAGAGUAAGAUAAACAGUACAUUAAUAUUUAACUAAUUUUACAAGAUUACGGAAGAAUGUUUGGACUGUGUUCAUAAUAACUCCUCAAUCCCUCCUUAAUUUGUCCAUUUAGUCUACAACUAUAGAUUAUAGCGUUAAGUAAAUAUUUAACACGGAACCGAAAUGUAAACCGAUGAAAAGAUUCAUGUACAGACUUGCAACGAUACGUAUGCUUCAGAAAAAUUACAAAUCAUUGGAGAACGGUAGAUUUAACCCUCGAGAUUAUUUCAAAUCUCGUAGUGAAUCCGCACAAUACCAAUUCAAUCUUGUCUUCAUUAAAUAUUUCGAUUUAAUAGCACAAACUUCAAAUCGUGACCGCAGGCAAGUCCAGUUUUGAAAACAAAAUAAUGAAAUAUAAGCUCGAACAAACCGUUGAAAUCGAAGAAGUAUGAGUGAAAUGUGUAGUGUAAACACUGCACAAAUCCAUUUUUCCACAAGAUUGAGAUAACAGAAUCAUUAAACGGGAAGUCCUGUUUUAGCUUUGUUUAGCAGAUGUUACUGUUCUAUGUGAAAACAAAACUGCGAAACAGAAAUUUUGGGGCACUGAAGGAGUGAUUUUUUUUUACCAAAAUGUGAAAAAAAAGUCCGAUAGAUUCACUAAAUCUGUUAGACCUGGACAUAGACGAGGGUGCUCGCUAACAAUUUCAAAACAUGUCUUCUUCCAAAUUAACUGUAUUCUCUAAAAAUUUGGAAUGUUACCCCUGAAAUUAUAAGUGCGGAAUUGCAUAGUAUUUAUGAAAGUCUGAAAAAACUAAGUAGUGCAAAUUUACUCUACACACGGAGAAAAAAUUCAAAUAAAAAAUUUCCGAGUGAGCAUUCUCAUUGAGUCUACAGAAUAGCUCGUUUUUUCAGACGGAUUUUCUGUUAUCGUAAAGAGUCAUGUCCCUUUAAAAAGAUUUCUGGUUGACGCGACAAAAAUUUUUGUCCUCGAAUUUUAAACUAGAAAAUUUUUCUAACUCUAUGCGUCAUGUGCACAGUGAUAUUCUCCGCGAUGUAAAAACGAUUGGUAUCAAUUAACAUAACUGGUUCAGUAGCAACUUAAUUAUUUUAUUAAUUUAGGAAACUGGUUUACCAGUCCUUUCAUGAGCAAAUGAAAUCAAAUGUUAAUGUAGAUUAAGCUCAAGCAGAACUCUUGUACAUAGGUCAUAUAUACAUUUUCAGUAAGUAGUUGAUAACUCGUGCAAUGAAGCAAAAACGAGAAUGUAAGUAGACUCCCAAUGGAUCAAUACAAUCGUGGUUUUCGAUUGUAUUAAAAUUGAAAGUUAUGCCAAAAUUUUCAUUUAGAUUUUU